CGGAAGAGGUUCCCCCGUACGUAAGCGAACGUCAAUAGUAUCUGUAAGCUCCGACCUCGUAAGUAGGUUGUGUGCCUGCAACUCAACAUCCUCAUAUAGCUUGUUCCGCAACAUUUCAUCACCAUCACCUUAAACACUCCCCUUUUCACACUGCAUAUUACUGCCUAGAAUUUCCGAACACUCUUCUUAACCAAAUCUUUUCAGCCGCACCUAUUUCCUCAGAGAAAAACAACCCACCAUGUCUACUCUGGAAGACUUGGAGAAUCUGGAGCGCGAAGGCAAGGAGGACAAGAGAGAAGACGGCGAAGACGGAGACAAGGAUGGCAAGAAGAAGCCCGACCAGUCCGGCGAUGCGGAGAUGAAAGACGAAAAUGAAGAGAAGAAGGACGACGAGAUUUUCGAUGCCGACGUCCUCAACUCCAGCACACGAGACAUUAUCAACAGACGGCGAUUAUUAGAAAACGAUGCGCGGAUUAUGCGGAGCGAGUUCCAGCGGUUGAGCCACGAGAAGGCAGCCAUGAAUGAGAAGAUCAAGGACAACUUGGAUAAGAUUGAGAAUAAUAGACAAUUACCCUACCUUGUCGGCAACGUAGUUGAGCUACUUGAUCUGGAUGUGUCAGAAGAGGCGGCAGAGGAGGGAGCCAACAUCGACCUUGACGCCACCAGAGUAGGCAAGUCUGCGGUUAUCAAGACGUCGACCCGGCAAACCAUUUUCCUGCCGCUCAUCGGUCUUGUGGACCCGAACAACUUAAAACCGGGCGAUCUCAUUGGUGUCAACAAGGAUUCGUACCUGGUGCUCGAUACUCUGCCCGCCGAAUACGACAGCCGUGUCAAGGCGAUGGAGGUCGAUGAGAAGCCUACGGAGAAAUACACGGAUGUUGGCGGUCUAGACAAGCAGAUUGAAGAACUCGUCGAGGCAAUCGUAUGGCCCAUGAAGGAAGCGGAUCGGUUCAAGAAGAUUGGUAUCAAGGCUCCCAAGGGUGCUCUCAUGUACGGACCCCCAGGCACAGGAAAGACACUAUUAGCACGAGCCUGCGCCGCCCAAACAGACGCCACAUUCUUGAAGCUUGCCGGACCUCAGCUUGUGCAAAUGUUCAUCGGAGACGGUGCGAAGCUGGUACGAGACUGCUUCGCACUCGCCAAGGAGAAGGCACCCGCGAUUAUCUUCAUUGACGAGCUCGACGCCGUUGGCACCAAGCGAUUCGAUUCCGAAAAGUCUGGUGACCGUGAAGUUCAGCGAACUAUGCUUGAGCUGCUCAACCAGCUCGACGGAUUCGCAUCCGACGACCGCGUCAAGGUGCUAGCGGCAACGAACCGUGUCGAUGUCCUCGACCCUGCCCUGCUCCGAUCCGGCCGUCUCGAUCGUAAGAUUGAGUUCCCCUUGCCCAACGAAGAGGCCCGGGCGCAGAUUCUGCGCAUCCACAGCCGUAAAAUGACUGUCGAUGACGGCGUCAACUGGCCCGAACUGGCCCGCUCGACGGACGAGUUUGGUGGCGCCCAGCUCAAGGCCGUCUGUGUCGAGGCUGGCAUGAUUGCUCUUCGCUCCGGCCAGUCCAAGAUCAUCCACGAGCAUUACGUGGAUGCCAUUGCAGAAGUCCAGGCCAAGAAGAAGGAUACUGUCAACUUUUAUGCUUAGAGUGUAUUCUGUUGUGCACGACAUGUACUCGUUUUUUCCCCCCGAUCGGCUUCAUUUCAUUUCUUCCUCUUUUUUUUUUCUCCUCUUAUCAUCCCAUCUAGCUCAUUUCCCUCCCACCUUUUUCUUUUUCCCCUCAUAAGUUACAAAGACAUCUGUAAUUUUACCUACCAUUACUACUACAACUACAACUACAUAACGAGAGCAAAGCUAAGCUUUUGAUUUCCCUUUUUUUGCUUUAUAAGUUUUCCGAGCUGAAAAUAAAUGAAAUGUAAACUCGUCAAUUAAAGUACAAGUAAAUAUCCACGCCUUUCACAGGCUGGCGGUCAAUCGAGAUGUGGCGGAGA